AUGAGUUUCCGGCUUCGCCUUUUCGAACUUAUUGUUCUUCUAUAUUUUAUCAAACAGAUCUCAUCUACUGUGGAGUUAACCAACGUUAUAUGCACUUCCUUGGACCCUGAGUUCGCCAACUUUGAGUACUGCUAUCUUAAGUCCAUAAAUCGAACUUAUAAAUAUGUGUCCUUAAAAGUGAACUUGCUUAAGAAGCCCAUAACCAAAAUCAAAGUAAACUCAGGGUUACUAAAGAGAUUCAGUGGCUACAAGCCGUACCUCUAUAACGUGACCGUAGACGCCUGCCGAUUUCUGAAAAAUACCAAAUCCAGUCCAAUUGCAGCAUACUUUUAUGGUUUCUUCAAGGACCACUCCAACAUGAACCAUACGUGCCCAUUUAAUCAUGAUGUAGUAGUAGAAAAACUUUCCAUCAACGCUAUAAACACCCACGUAACGGAGGGAGAUUACCUGUUACAAACAAAUUGGAUUGCCUAUGAUAUAAACCGCGCCAAUGUCAAAUUAUAUUUUACACUUUCGUGA